AUGGCAGAGAGUUCAACACACGACGACAAAAUGCCAGCUGCAGGAAGAACUAGCGCUCUUUCUGAUCUCAAAAACCUCUUCCCUUCAACAGCACACUUCUUUAUUUUCGUAGGUUAUAUGGCGUUAUUUAUAUGCCAAGGUAUGAAAAGCUAAUUUGAUCGUCAUGUACCUCGACUUUUUAUGGCAAGGUGUACAGUACUAAACAAGAUUUUGAUUUUAAUCAUUCUUUCUUCGCUCCUCAUGUUUUGCUUCAGGAAUUCUUGUAACAGCAUCAAGGGAUAAAGAUAAUCAUUACGCCUACAACACAACAACAGUUGUGCUCUUGUCCGAGUGUGUCAAACUUCUGGUUGCAGUUAGUCUUCAACUAAGACAGUAAGCAAGGAAUCAAGUUAUUAACUGGUCUGCUUUAUGUAUUUUUGUUUGUGUGGUAGAAAGUACACUCAAGGAAGUGAGGUUAGUUUGAUUGUAUUUUUUGUAUCUUUUAAUUUAGAGUGACGUUGGGAGAAUUCAUCGGACACGUUCGUUCUAACACAAAAGGUAAAUAAUUUAACUCAUCCACCGGAAAACCUUGACAAAAGGUCUCCGCUUUAUAUAACAAUUAUUCAUAUUUUAUUUUAUUUUAUAUCAGUCAAGAACACAGGAACGAUCCAAAGAAAUUGAUUCUAUUAAAUUUUGUUAAAGUUGAUACAGACACCUUUGGGGGUAUUUAAUACACUAACUAAUUUAUUUCAGCAUGGAUCCAACAGGAAGUAGAUUAGACUUAUUUCAGAUUCAUCAAAAAUACAACAAAACAAGAAUCCAAAUACGUAAGAGAGAAAGUCCAUAUUUUAAGGACAGCUUUCAAUAUAUAAAGUUUAACCUCAGGCCAAACGGGAGCAAAAUUUCCAAUUCUCAAAAUCAGCUGUCUUUAACUUAGAGCUGCAAUGAUAUACGUAUGGAUACAUCAGUGGAAUCGUUUCUCGGUCAAAAAGGAAUUUUUUUUCCUGUACUUUAUUUCCAGCCACCAUAAUUUUGAUUUUUCUCUAUUUAAAUUUUUUGCUUCAUAGUUUUGCUGCUCUACAUUGUUCCAGCAUUCAUGUACUGCCUUUACAACAACUUAGCAUUUGUGAAUCUUGCAAACUAUGAUCCAACAACCUACUAUCUUCUACUGCAAUUCAGAGUUGUCGUGACUGGCGUUAUCUUUCAGGUAAGGGAACAAGUUGAGUAAAACAGUUUUGCCCCAAUAUAUCGUUAAUUUGGGUAAAGCAAAAAAAAAAAAAAAAAAAAAAUUUAAUUUGGGUAAAGCAAAAAAAAAAAAAAAAAACAAGAAGGAAUAUUGAAUCAAAUUUUGAAAUAUUUCCUGUCAUAGCCGGUUGUUUGGUAAUUCAUCUGUGCUUAAGAAAAAAGUGCUGUCAAUAUUUACAUGCAGAUGCGUUAACCUUGUACUCUGUUGAAAUCGUCAUGCUGUUAAUCAAACUGUUACGUUUCGGGUAAUUAUAAAUAAUUUAAUGGUGGGUUUUAAAAAUUUUAGUUAGCUUAAUGGGUGUUUUAGUCUCAGUUUUAGAUUCUUAUUGAGGCCAAUUUCAAAAUAAAAACAGUAAAUACUUUCAUCUGAUUACUGUUACCAUAGUUUUUCCAUGUAUUCCUUAAAUUAUAAUUUUAAUUUUUAAAUUCAGCUAUAUUUUUCCUGUACAGUGUUGGGAAAGUAGUAGCAAAUUUUUGUAUAAAGGCAGGGCUUUUGAGGUGUAUAAUACUAAAGUGAAUCUUGGUUAAAAGCUGAUUUUUUAAAUUAAUGUUUAACUAGAGAUCACUUUUAGAAUUAAUGAUAAAUAGACAAUAGGUAUAACAGAUAAUAAUUUAGUUACAAGUUAAGAUAACAUUUUAUUGUCGACAGUUUUAAAGGGGUGACAAGGGACUGGCAUGGCAACUUCUAUGCAGUUAAAGAAUUCUGGUAUAAUGCAAAUUAACUUUUGAACUAGUUUUUACCAAAACAAAGAGAUAAAAUCCAUUAAGAAUAUUUAAACAGUACCAUGAAGAAUUUCAAAUUAUGACAGUUUUUAUUGCUGAGAUAGACCAGCUGAGUUGGUAUUCAUAUUUUCACCAUUUGCAGGGGCGGAUCCAGGAUUUUUUUUAGGAGGGGGUGCACUCGUCUUUUACUCUACUUCAACACCAAUAAGCCACAUAGUUUUUUUUGCAGAAUACCAGUUGUAUAAGAAAACCGCAGGUGGUCGCAGGGGGAGGGGGGGGGGUGCAGACCCCCUGCACCCUCCCCCUAGAUCUGCCCCUGAUUUGUUUUUCAAACUUUCAAGUGAAAACAACUUGUGGUCACCAUGAUUUAAGUUCAAAAAUGAAAGGGAUUUUUUGUAUUGAAGAAAAUCUGAAAAGUAAGGAGAAUGUAAAUGCCAUACAAGAAUUUUUCGUUGUAAGUUUCUCUGCAGGGUAUAUUUUCUGAGAUCACCAUUUGCCUCUCCCCACCCCCCUUAACAUUCAAAUUGUUUACUUCUUAGAGGUUAGGGAUAUAAUAAAGUCUCAUGAUGUCUAUUUGAAAUUUGUAUUUGUCAUUAUUAAUAAAUUGAUUCCUUUCUACCACUGAAAAAAGUUUCACAGCUCAGAAGAAAAAGUUAAUAGGUGUAAAACCCCAGCGGGGGCUGUGGGGCGGUGGGGGGGGGGGGAUACUCUGGACUUCAAGUGACAGGGAUGAUCAAAGGAUUGUUUUGGGUGUUUUUGGGUGUUUUGGGUGAAAUUCUGCAAAAUUUUAAGGGUUAGAAAUUUGGCAUUGAUCUUUUUGGGGUUAAUUUUUGGUCCAGGGUCCAGUUGUUGAAAAGGUGGAUAAUCCUAUCCAUUGGAUAAAUCUCUAUCCACUGGAUAGCACAAUUGGUUUCCCUAAUACUUAUCCUCUGGAUAGUAAUUUAUCCAGUGGAUAGCGCUAUCCAGUGUUUGAACAACCGGAGCCAGAGGUUUUUUGGAAUUUUGUGGGAAACCCAAUGAAUUUUUGUGGGUUUUGAUUGUUGCCCCCAUUUAAUCAUCGCGGUCAUGUGAAAUCCGGUGUACCCCUGGCUGUAAAACCGAAAUUGUGCAUUUGCAGUCAACAUCUCCCAAAUGUUUUGUCAGUAAUGCGAAACACAGGGCUCAAAAAUACUUGAAUUCCAGGAUACCCUUUGGCAAGGUACUCUCAGAUGUUGUUUGCCCAGGGGCCCGUUUCUCGAAAGUCCCGAUAACUUUUCGGACCCGAAAUCAAAUAUUCAAAUCGAAAUAUAAAGAAUAAGAGCACCGGUCCUGGCUAACAAACUACUCCAUUUUUGUUUCACUAACUGAUAGUUUUAGAGCGGUUUUCAUUUGAGUGUCGAAAAGUAAUUGGUUUUGCACUUUCUACACGAUGCGAUUGGCUUAAAAGAUUCGCGCCACCUUUUCAUCCAAUCAGAAGUAAAACCAAAGCCAAUUGUGAUGCUUUGGGUCAGCCACAUGUAAUUACUUCGAGUUUUGAUUGGUUCAAUGUAUUGUCUGUGUCCUAUGUGAUUGGCCAGAGUAAUUACUUUGGUUUUGGUUUUACGACACUCAAACGAAAACCACUCUAUCAUGCUAGAUGCAAAACUAUUGAAACCUCGAUCUUUAAUGUAAAUGGAGACAGCUUACUGGGCCCGUCAAUUAUCGGGACUUUCCAGAAAUGUGCCCCAGGGCACCUAAAUACUCCUUGUUUAGGUUUUCAAAGACAAAUGGAAAUCAUACAUGGUUGUUUUUUAUGUAAUAAACCCAUCUUGGCUGUAGUCAUUAUUGUGUUGAUCACUCUGAAUCAUGUUUCAUUUCUUCAUAAUUUAUGCUUCUAAAGUGCCUGUUGGCAAAGUGAGCAGAGAAAUUAGUUGCUUGCCUAACAGGCAAAUCUACUUGCACUGCACUACUAGACAAGGUAUUUUUUUGCCUUGGAAACAUAUUAUCAAGUUUUUAGUCAGGGGUGGGUGCUCAUCUCAUUUUUCUCAGCUCAGUCAGGAGGUGUAUUGGGAAGGAAGCUUUUAGAUUAAAUAAUUAUUAUAAUGAGUAGAGGAAUUUCAAAUUAAACCACUCUUGUUUUUUAUUGCUUUUGUUCCAGAUAUUAUUUAACAAGCAGUUGAGUGGACAGCAGUGGUUCUCUUUGCUGUUACUAACAUCUGGCUGUAUUGUAAAGCAGAUUAAAUAUGAAAACCUCACCACAGCAGGCAGCUCCUUUUCCCUGCGCUUUGAUGUGCACUUGAUUCUGAUCCUUGUUCAAGUAUUCUGUUCGUGCUUUGCUGGUGUUUAUAAUGAGUACCUUCUUAAGGGUAGAAGUGGCGAUGUACCUUUCAUGGUUCAGAACUUUUUCAUGUAUUUAGAUUCCAUUUUUUGCAACAUUGCUGUCCUCUGGUUUAAUGGUACUUUAUCAGGUGCAUUCACUAAAGAAAGCAUUAGCUCAAUAUUCCAGGGCAAAGUGUUAGCUAUAGUACUCAACAAUGCAGCCAUUGGGAUUACGACUGCCCUGUUCUUGCAGCGACUUAAUUCUAUACUAAAGACGUUUGCUAGUGCUUUAGAGAUUAUGUUCACAGCAGUUCUGUGUUGGUUGAUCUUUGGAAUCCCUGUUGACAUUCUUACUUUUGUAGCCAUAGCAAUUGUAUCAUAUUCAGUAAUUCUUUAUGCUAAUAAGCCUGUGGACAACACGCCCAAACAAGCUAAACCUUCCAGUGAUGUUCCUCACAAACCGACUGUUUGA